AUGAUUGUGGGUUCGAAUGGGAGUAUUUAUGUUGACAGCGCCCAUCCGGCGUACCCGCAUCUUGGCGACUUUCUCACUUCCUGCUGCGAGCCCGUUUGCCGCACUCUUCACAUGAGUGAAUACAUCAUUUCCCCCUCUUCUCUCUCCGCCGCGAGUGCAGAGGGAACGUACACGGUGGCGAUGAUAAGAAAUGCCAUUCGUUACUUCCGCCUUGACGAGCAGCAUCGACUGCCGGUGGAUAUUGCGAAGUUUGUUGAAUUGAAACAGCAGCUGGAGGACGCCACGGAAGAGACAGAAAGUGCAGUCCAACCACAAUCACAAUCACAACAGCAGCAGCAGCAGAAGGGAAAGGAAAAACAAGGGGAUAAUAAUGGAAUUAAAAAGAUAAGAACAGAAACGGAUAAUUCUCCUUCUUCUGUUGUAAAGAAGGAGGUGGAUGAGGAGCCAACUUCACCAUGGCGUCGUUUUCUUUCUUUGGUGAGAACUCCACCUGUUCAACCAGAACCGUUAAUAGCACGUGCAUUAAUUCACCCAGACGCACUUCGUCCACUUCCACCGGAUCUUGAGCAGAUGCUGCAAGAAGAAGAACGAUCUUCAAGAGUGCGUAUUGUUCUCCAACCGAGAUUACGCUCUUUUCAACGGCAACAACAAAAUCAUCAUUUUAAUACUAAUAAUAAUCAUCAUCAUCAAUGGCAAAAAUCUCCACAAGAUGGAGAUGAAGAGAAGCUCGCAUACUUUCUUGUGAGUCAAGAUCGUAAACAUAUGGAGAAUCUCGUUAGCCGUCUGCAGGAUGUUCUCGUUCCUAUUUCUUUACAUGGUGUAGUGCGGUGGGUCCUUUCAGAUGUUGAUCGCGGUGUGGAAGAGAAGAGUAUUGUGGAAAGCGGUAGGACGAUGGUACUACGAAAACUAUUUGAUACACCCUCUACAGCCUCAGAGGAGGGAACUAGCGCGGGAGGAGAGAAAAAAUAUACCCGUCUUGUAUACAAGAGUCAAGUGAUGGAUGGAAAACUACGUAAUGUGAGAGAACGACUCUUUAAGGAACUUGGCGUACGUGCUGAUUUAUUCUACGAUUACUUGCAAGAUCGAACACUUGAUGUAAGGGACUUGGCAUUAGCGGAACAUGUACGUUUACGUCCAUAUCAAGUAGCCUCAUUAGAACGUUUUCGCUGUGGUAAUAAGGCACAUCAGGGAGUGAUUGUACUUCCAUGUGGAGCCGGAAAAACACUUACUGGAAUAGGAGCUGCCACUACUGUAAAGAAACGUACAAUUGUGAUGUGUAUUAACGUUAUGUCUGUACUGCAGUGGCAGCGGGAGUUUCUUAGAUGGACAAAUCUCUCAGAGGAUCAGGUGACAGUGUGCAUUUCUGAUAAAAAACAAAUGCCAGGGGAUGUCUUCAUUACAACAUAUAAUAUGCUCGUUGCGAAGCGUACAGUUCUUAAUGAUCAAGAGCAAAGUGCAGAUGCCAGACUCACCUCACAAAUUCUUGCUAGUGUAGAAGAACAACCAUGGGGAUUAUUGUUAUUAGAUGAAGUUCACACUGCCCUUGCACAUCACUUUCAAGAAGUACUAAAUAAAGUAAAAUACAAAUGUGUGGUUGGUCUCAGUGCAACGCUUUUACGUGAGGAUGAUAAAAUUAGUGACCUUCGCCAUCUCGUAGGUCCAAAACUGUAUGAAGCUAAUUGGUUAGAACUCACACGCGCUGGAUUUCUUGCCCGUGUGGAGUGUGCAGAAGUACGAUGUCCAUUACCACUACCGUUUUUCACAGAGUACAUCACCGCUAAUGCAGAUGCAAAUCCCUUUGCUCGUCGUGGUACAACAACACUCGCCGCUGGUGUGGUGUGUUUUAAUCCGUAUAAACUAUGGUGUGCACAGGCAUUGUUGGAGUUUCACCGUAAUCGAUCACCACCAGAUAAAGUUAUUAUUUUCUGUGAUGAUUUGGAGGGUGUACAUUACUAUGCACGACAUUUAAAGAUUCCUUUUAUGGAUGGUAAGACAAGUGAGUCCGAGCGUGCCAACUUGUUGCAGUAUUUUCAAUUCUCUAAAGAUAUCAAUGCGAUUAUUCUUUCUCGUGUUGGUGAUGUUGCCCUAGACAUUCCCUGUGCUUCUGUUAUUAUUCAAAUAACGGGAUUAGGCGCCUCACGUCGUCAGGAGGCGCAGCGACUCGGACGUAUUCUUCGGCCCAAGCCCCCUUCACUGGACAAUACGUGUUCCUUCUUCUACACCCUCGUCUCGCAGGACACACACGAGGUGCAACAGAGUUACGGCCGACAGAGUUGGCUGCGGGAUCAGGGAUUUGCCUACCGAGUACUGCAGUGCGAUGCGGUGCUGAGGGAAUUUCAGCGGACCGGCGGGAAACCGUGCUGUGUGGGCCCGCCGCAGUGGUGGUAUGAGUCCACAACGGCAUUGGCGCCCACUGCGGUGGCGGCGAAGGGGAACUUUUGGAUUCCCUUCUCCCCAGAGGCCUCUCGGCGGAUGCAUCACCGAUUCGUAACGGGAAGAGAAGGCUGUGAAUUGGAUGUUGCGAUACUCGGCAACACACCGCGGCCGACGGAGUUGCUGAAUAGUGCCAUGGAGGAGAAAUGGAUUGUGCGGUUUAGUGCCUCUAACGCUCCAGAGACAUUUGGAACGGUUCAAAUGGUGGAAGAUAAUCCAUUAUUCAUGCGGCGUAUCUGCUACGGACCCAUGGAUGAAAUGCAUAGUUGUCUAAAAGGAGAGGAAUGCAUGAAUCACGUACUGGAACAGAUGAAGUUUAUUAUUAUGAGACGUUCAAAACAGUGCUGA